CCAGAACCAGGAGCAGCGGAGCAACAUGGUCCCCAGGAGACAAGCCGCAGACUGGGACUCUGAUACCAACAAGGUCCCCAGGAGACCAGCAGCAGACUCAGACUCUGAUAGCAGCGAUGUUCAGAAACGGAGAGGAAGAAUAGGACCCAAAUGUCACCACUGUCAACACUGUGACAAAUCCUUCACAUCAUCUGCAUAUUUAAAGAUUCAUCAGAGAAUUCACACUGGAGACAAGCCUUACAGCUGUGACCAAUGUGGGGCAGCUUUCAUACAACAGAAUACCCUAAAAAAACAUCAACGCAUUCACACUGGAGAUAAACCAUACAGUUGUGAUCAAUGUGGGAAAACGUUUUCUCAUAGUAGUACCCUAAAUCAACAUCAACAUAUUCACACUGGAUAUAAACCUUACAGCUGUGAUCAAUGUGGGAAAACGUUUUCUAGGAGUGGUAACCUUAAAAGACACCAGCGCAUUCACACUGGAGAUAAACCUCACCGCUGUGAUCUGUGUGAGAAAAUGUUCAUAACUCUAGAAGAGGCUGGAAGCCACCGACGUGUUCACACCAGAGAGACGCCGUACUGGUGUGAACAAUGUGGGAAAAUGUUUUCUCACAAUAGUCAUCUUAUAACACACAAGCGCAUCCACACUGGUGAGAAGCCGUACAGCUGUGAUCAAUGUGGGGCAGCUUUUUCUGAGAGUAGUACCCUUAAAUCUCACCAGCGCAUUCACACUGGACAGAAGCCGUACUGGUGUGAACAAUGCGGAAAAAAGUUUUCUCAUAGUAGUCACCUUAAAACUCACCAGCGCCUUCACACUGGAGAGAAGCCGUACUCAUGUGAACAAUGUGGGAAAAGUUUUUCUCAGAAUAGUAACCUUAAAGCUCACCAGCGCCUUCACACUGCCUCGUAGUGAACAUGUUUCAGAGCCGAGCUGUUUCCUCCUGCCUCCUCCUCAUGCCCUGAUAGCUGAGUUGUUAUAUUCUGAUCUUCUCUCCACAUUGAAGGCUGACCA